AUGGCCAGGUCAAACCAACUUCUCUUCACAAUCUUCCUCGCCCUCACCACCGGCAUCCAUGCGGCUCCUCAGGCAGGCGCCCCCAAGGUAGUCGCGCGUGCUGAGCCCGCCGAAUUCGAGGCCCAGACCAAGGCCGGCCCCGGCGGCAGCGACUUCAAGGACUCUGCCCACUUCCGCGUCUACGCCGGCGGCAGCUCCGCCGAUGAUUCCCUCGCCAUGCUCGAGGGCGCCUACGAGUGCUUCGUCAACACCCUCGGCUGGCGGUCCUCUGGACUCUCGUUCAACGAGGGCUCCGACAACGGCCCUUACUACAAGACCAACGUCUACUCCGUCUCCAAGCUCGACAACGCCGCCGGCGUGAUGCACUCGGAGUACGAGUCCGGCGCCGGCUGGCUCGAGGUCGUCGACACCUACCUCGCCACCCCGGGCGUCACCACGGUCGCCAACUGGGUUGCCGACACCUACAACACCUCGCCCCUCUGCGCCGACGCCCGCACCAAGCACAAGUCCCCCGAGGGCCGCACCGAGUUCGAGGUCAACAAGGUCCUUGGCGACUCCUUCCAGGUCAUUGUCGACGGCACCGUUGACUCUGGUAACUACUACCAGGCCUGGCCGUUCCUGACCUACCUCACCAACAACCCGGACAACAUUGCCGGCCUCGGCAAGGACACUCUUCACCAGAUGAUGGUCCAGUACGAGGCGAACAGCAACGAGACGCCCCUCCACACCCUCAACCGCGUCGCCGGCAACACCACCGCCGGCGAGAUUGUCGGCAAGUACUGGGCCCACAUGGCCUACGUCGACAUCGGCCACGACCAGGCCCAGGAGAUCUUCAACCAGGCCAAGGACAGCGUCAACUUUGCCAACGUUGACAAGUCUGGCGACGGCUACAAGGUCAAGUCCGCUCGCGCCCCCCGUUACAUGGGUGCCAACAUUAUGCCCCUGACGACUUCCGGCGGCAAGGUCGACGUCAAGAUCACCUCGGCUGGCGAGUUCACCGCCCACCUCGCCAUUAAGGGCUCCAGCUCGGUCCGCUACGUGCAGCUCGCGAACGGUGCCGGCUCUGCUGAGAUCGCCAGCGGCGAGGAAGCCAGCUUGGUCGUUGCCAACACCCCCAAGACUCUGAUCCAGUACAACGGUUUCCAGCUCGCUAGCAGCGAUGCCAACAAGGGCCUGGACUACUCCUUCACUCUGACGGGCGCCACCGUUGCAUAA